AAGUUGUGAGCGCAGAGACGGGAGCCAAGCGCGAGCACAGAGAAGGCAGAGCAGGAGUUUGUCCGAGUUGAGCGCGUGCCAGAACAUGCGUGACAUUUAAACGCACGCGCCGCAAAUUGUUGUUUGUUCACAAAGAUGCGCUCGCGCCAGCCUCGUUGCGCGCUCAGCUCGGUGGCGCAAACAUAGUUGGCGGCUCCAGUGCGUCACCGCGAGGCUCUCAGGAGCAGAGAGAGGGGCUCUGCAGAAAGCUCUCAGUCAUCAGUGAGACAGGAGCAGGAGCGGGGCGCGAAGCUGCCCGCAACACAUCCUCUCACCCGACUGCAAACUUCCACCGCCAGUCUGUUUUAUGGCUGCACGGCAUGCGCACAGGAGAAUUAUCUGCCGGCUUUGCGAGCACCGUGUCAUUUUCUCCAUGAGGAGGAAAAAAACUUCCAGGAGUGGAUGAAAUCAAGUAUUUUUCUGUUUAAUAAAGAGAUUCCUUUUUCUGCCUCAGUUUUGUAGACAUUUAAAGUAUAUUUUUUCUUCUCUUCUUCAAUGCUCAAUGUAAUUUUUUCCCAAAGCGCACAGAGCCACAACCUCUCUCCGCGAUGGAAAACCUCACGGUGGAUGACAUGACUCUGGAGAAUGACACGUCGGCGCAGAACAACCAGACUCAGGGCGUUUGGACCGACUAUUCCGUUGAAUACAAAGUGGCCAGCGUGUUCCUGGUGUCGCUCAUUUGCGGCGUGGGCAUCGUGGGCAACGUGAUGGUCAUCCUGGUGGUCCUGACCACCAAGCACAUGCGGACCCCCACCAACUGUUACCUGGUGAGCCUGGCGGUCGCCGACCUCAUGGUGCUGACGGCCGCCGGGCUGCCCAACAUCAGCGAGGCCCUGUGCGGGCAGUGGGUGUACGGCUACGCGGGCUGCCUCGGCAUCACCUACUUCCAGUACCUAGGGAUAAACGCGUCCUCCUGCUCCAUCACCGCCUUCACCGUGGAGCGCUACAUCGCCAUCUGCCACCCCAUCAAAGCCCAGUUCAUGUGCACCUUAUCCAGGGCGAAGAAGAUCAUCAUGCUGGUGUGGGCUCUCACCUCGGUCUACUGCGUCAUGUGGCUCUUUCUGUCAGACACUAAAACGACGGUGUACGACAACGUGGCGCUCCUCACCUGCGCCUACAAGGUGUCCAGGAACCACUACCUGCCCAUCUACUUCACGGAUUUCACCGUUUUUUACGUGCUGCCCCUCAUGCUGGCCACGGUUCUGUACGGGCUCAUCGCCAGGAUCCUCUUCCUCAACCCGCUGCCGUCCGACCCCAAGAGCGGAAGCAAGAAGUGGAAGAGGGAGGCGAGCCAGGGCGGCAGGAUGAUCAGCACCAGCUCCUCCAGCAGCACCACGGCUGCCUCCCGCAGACAGGUGACGAAGAUGCUUGCCGUGGUUGUAAUCCUGUUCGCUUUACUCUGGAUGCCCUACCGGACCUUAGUGGUGGUCAACUCCUUUCUAGACAAAGCCUACCUGGACAACUGGUUCCUGCUCUUCUGCCGUCUCUGCAUCUACCUAAACAGUGCCAUCAAUCCAGUGAUCUACAACGCCAUGUCGCAGAAGUUCCGCACCGCCUUCAAGAAGCUGUGUCACUGUGGCCCCAAGCGCCUGGAGAAACCUGCGUCCUACAGCGUGGCGCUCACUUACAGUGUCAUCAAGGAGACGUCCAACGGUGAAAGCCCAGACCAUUUCACGACGGAAAUGGACGAGCUGCAUUCGCCGUGCGAUCAGUACCUGCCUGCCGCAAUUCUACCGAGUGCCAAAAAGAUGCAGUACGUAGAGGCCUCGCUCUCUGGCAGAGAAGUCAAUGCCUGAGUAGGGACGAAUUUGGAAGGCGCACUAACAUGUCCAGCUUUAGUUCUUUUUGUUGUAAAUAUGCCGUUUGAUGGAACUGUUCGCCAGAAGUCGGUUUGCUGUCAUGUUUUGUGGGCUUUGAAUAUUUUGCACAAAAUAAAUUAAGAGAACAAUUA